UAAGGUACUGUGUGUACUGCGUGUGUGCGCCGUAUCCGUUCGUAUCAAUUGCACCGAAAUACACGUACAUAUAUACAGUAUACUGUGUACGAUGAUGCAUCGCAAUUAGUAAUUUUCCUUCCGCGCAGUGAGAUCGCGAAGAUUUUUUUUUUUUUCGGCGAGCUGUCAAGAUGUCGGUGCAUUACACGCACGCGAUCAUUUGUCGCGUACCCAUGUCCUUGCGCACCUGUGCCGAAAUACAGCCGGAGGAGGCUCGUAAGCAGCACCAGGCCUUGGCUCUGCUGCUGCGACAGAUUGGCCUCGACGUCAUCGAGAUGCCGCCCGACGAGGCGUCGCCCCUUUGCUGCUACGUCGAGGAUCUCGCGAUUGUCUGCAACGGCGUGGCCCUUAUCGCCAAACCAAAGGAGUCUUCCAGGAUCAAGGAGAUUCAAACCUUGAGAGCUGUCUUAAAAAAAGAAUUGGAAAUUCCAUUGAUAGAAAUUGCGGAUGAGCAAGCAUGUUUAGACGGUGGAGACGUUCUAUUUACUGGCAGGGAAUUUUUCGUUGGAUUGUCGCAGUUCACAAAUGAAGGUGGAGCACAAGCUGUGGCAGCUGCAUUUCCUGAAUACCCUUGCACACCGAUAAAAGUAUCCGAGUCAAACCGUCUGAAAACUUUGGUAACCAUGGCAGGUCCUGAUGUUAUUUGCGUUAGUUCAGGAAAAUCAUCUCAAGAAGUCCUCAAGCGGAUCGAAAGGGAAGCCACGUACAGUUAUCAAACUUUAACAGUACCAGAAGAUACCGCGGCAAAUGUCCUCUACGUAAAUGGUGUGUUAAUUCACCGAUCGCCGGAGGAAAUACCGCAGUCAAGUAAAUUAUUCGCUGAAAAAAUAGAUUUUCCAUCCAAACCUGUCUGCAUACAGGAACUGGCUAAAGUGAGUUCUGGCUUAACUUCAUGUUGUUUGUUAGUUCGCAAGCCAAGACUUAUUCGUAAUAUAUGAAUUUAAUUUAGGUAUGUUAAUUGUGUUUAUUAUUCUUGUAUAAAAUAUAUCUGUGUAAGUCUGAAAUCUCGAAAUCAUGACAAGUUACCAUUCGUACUUUAUCAAUAACUGAAUGUUUACACAUAACAUGAAAUAAAAAUAUAACAAAUUGGUGCAAAUAA